AUGGCGUGAAAAUAAAAAAAUUUUUCAAGUAUUUUUUUCCAUUCGGCAUUGUUCGUUUAACAUUUUAACAACAAAUUAUUAUUGUUUAUUAAAAAUCAAUAAGUUACUAGAGACGAUUUGUUUUUAAUAUUAGUAUUAUAUUAAUUUACUUAGAUAAUAAUGAAGAAUUUAUUGUUACUAAAUGUUUCUAAAAAUGUGUAAAAAUUGCAUGAACAAAUUGUCAAAAUGGAUUAUUAUGUACAAUAUGUUAAUAUCGGUAAAUGAGAUUUAUCAGUUUAUCACUAUCAAAAACACGUGAGUAAAGUAUAAAAUAAAAAUACAAAGCAAUAGACUUCAAUAAGUAUUAUUGGUUCAAUUGCACAUAUACAUGGAAGUACUAAUCGGUUUAGAAUUCUUGAAGUGAUAAAUUAACUUUUAAAUUGAUUGUAUACUGAGAUAGGAGGAAUAUAAAUUAAACGUGCUGUGUAAUGUCAUUAAUAAUGAUACACACAAGAAUUUUUACUAACAAUAUUUAUUCAUUAAAUUAAAAAAGAGAUAAAAAAAUACAAAUAACUUAUACUCAUUAUUAUCUACCUGAAAAAUUUUGUUAUAUUUAUCAUCAUUCAAUACAGUUUGGAAUAUCAUUUCUGUCGAAUGUUCUCUUCUAAACGAAAUUUUUAUGUAUCAAAAAAUUUAAAUAGAUGUUGGGAAUCAAUUUAUCCAAAUUUAAAUUAUAUUUUUCAUAUAGAAGAUGGAACGAGUACGCUUGGUGCCAAUGGAACUACCAUACCUUGGAAACAAUGUCAAUUUAAAUAGCAACAAUAAAAGACGAACGUCAUUUAUUCGCCGAUUAGGCUUAGGAUGCAUUGUCCUUGCAAUUUUAGGUCUUUUUUAUUUUCCUGCAUUUCAUUCAACUCAAGAUCCACUUUUUGGAAUAGUACAAUUAUCAGGAUGGUCUGUAAAUACUUCCAGAGAUUUAAAUAUAUAUAUUUCUCCAGACGAAAAUACCUCUAUUUUAAGUCCAGACGAAGUAUGUACUUCACCGCCAUAUCUUUUAAUUGUUGUUUGUUCCGCUGUAGCUAAUCAGAAAGCUAGGAUGGCGAUUAGAAACACCUGGGCUAAUGAGCCAAGUUCAAAUUACCAAUCGAUGAAUAUUACGAUUAAAGUAGUAUUUUUACUUGGGGAGAGUAAUAAUGAUACAUUAAAUACGAUGAUAUUGGAUGAAAAUUAUGAAUAUGAAGAUAUUAUUCAAGAAAAAUUUUUGGAUACUUAUAAUAAUUUAACGUUAAAAUCCGUCAUGAUGCUUAAAUGGGUCACUAAAGUCUGUCCAAAAACGACAUAUGUCAUGAAAACUGAUGAUGAUAUGUAUAUAAAUAUUCCUACUUUAGUAAAAGAGUUAAUGUCUAGGUCAAAGAGUGAAGGAACGCUUAUAGGUUCACUCAUAUGUAAUGCUCCACCAAUAACAAAUCCUAAAAAUAAAUGGUAUUCUCCAAAAUACAUGUUUUACGAAAAGACAUAUCCAAAUUACCUUUCUGGAACGGGAUAUGUAAUGAGUUCGGAUGUAGCAUUUAAAUUAUAUGAAGCAGCUCUUCAAAUACCUCUGUUACAUUUAGAGGAUGUUUUUAUUACCGGAUUGUGUGCAAGGAAGGCUAAGUUACGCCCUGCCAAUCAUCCAGGUUUUAGUUAUAUACCUCGUAAAUUAGAUUCCUGUGUACUUAAAAAUACAAUUACAGCGCACAAAGUAAACUCUUCUACUAUGUAUGCCAUUUGGGAUAAAUUAUCAAACUCCAAUACUCCAUGUGCUUCUACUUCUAAUGAUAAUUUAUUUAAGAUUUUAAAAAGGUAUAGAAAACAUAUAAGUUUUACUUUUUCGAAGAAACGUAAUAAUAAUAAAUGUAUUUGAAUUGACUGUUUUCAUAUUAUUGUAAAUAAAUUUUUUGAAAUUAUUUAUCACUA